AACCACAAACCGAAUUUUCUUUCAUUUAGGUGAUCUAUAUAUAUCUAUAUCUUAUAGCUUAUAUCUUAUAUCUAUUUUAAAUAACUUAAAGCCGCUAAAAUUUGGGGGGGAACAGCUUUCGCCCUGGAGCGGUGCGCGAUGCUAUCUCACGCCGACCUCCUGGACGCCAGGCUAGGUAUGAAAGAUGCAGCCGAGCUUUUGGGACACCGGGAGGCGGUGAAGUGUCGGCUGGGCGUGGGGGGCUCCGACCCUGGGGGUCACCCGGGAGACCUGGCACCCAAUUCGGACACGGUCGAGGGAGCGACACUUCUCCCCGGGGAAGACAUCACCACGGUGGGCUCUAACACGGCCUCACUGGCGGUCAGCGCCAAGGACCCGGACAAACAGCCGGGGCCACCGGGCGGUCAGAACCCGAGUCAGGCAGGACAGCAGCAAGGGCAGCAGAAACAGAAGCGCCACCGCACUCGUUUCACCCCAGCGCAGCUCAACGAGCUGGAGAGGAGCUUCGCUAAGACUCACUAUCCAGACAUCUUCAUGCGCGAGGAGCUGGCCCUCCGGAUCGGCCUCACCGAAUCCCGGGUACAGGUGUGGUUCCAGAACCGCCGUGCCAAGUGGAAGAAGCGCAAGAAGACGACGAAUGUGUUUCGAGCUCCUGGGACGCUGCUGCCCACGCCGGGCCUGCCGCAGUUCCCCUCGGCCGCCGCCGCCGCCGCCGCCGCGAUGGGGGAUAGCUUGUGCUCCUUCCACGCCAAUGACACCCGCUGGGCAGCGGCCGCAAUGCCGGGCGUGUCGCAGCUGCCGCUGCCUCCGGCGCUGGGCAGGCAGCAGGCCAUGGCGCAGUCCCUGUCCCAGUGCAGUCUGGCGGCCGGGCCCCCGCCCAACUCCAUGGGCCUGUCCAACAGCCUGGCGGGUUCCAACGGCGCUGGGCUGCAGUCUCACCUCUACCAGCCCGCCUUUCCCGGUAUGGUGCCCGCCUCCUUACCCGGCCCGAGCAAUGUCACGGGCUCGCCCCAACUCUGCAGCUCCCCGGACAGCAGCGAUGUGUGGCGGGGCACGAGCAUCGCGUCCCUUCGCCGUAAAGCGCUAGAGCACACAGUGUCCAUGAGCUUCACCUAAUGCCCCCUCUCCCGGCCUCCCCGACCCAAACCCCUACUCCUCCUCCUCCUCCUCUUUCUCCUCUUCCCCGUUGGCCCUGCAGCACUUCACCCAUCUCCUGGUCAUUCCUCUGGCCUCCCCCCUUACCCCACAACCACUUUCCGACCCCACCCCUGAACCUCUACUAGAUCUGUCCAAUCUCCUCGCCCGCUUCUGCUCCCCCCAACCCCGAGACUCUUCUUUCUUUCUUCGCCUCUUUGCUUUGCUUAUCCCUUGCUCUCCAGUUCCCUCUGCUCAUGAGGCCUCCUCUUUCUCCUCUUCCAUUCAUCUCUCUCCCUGACUUUUUCUUACUCCCUGACUUCUUACUCCCUCUCUGCUCCCCCCACGUGCCUCCCCCACCCCCACCCUUGCUAAAAGCCAGUUUCUUUAUCUUCACCGUCUCCCUCCCUACACUUGACCCUCCAAAUCAAAUCCGUCUGUCCUUCCUCCACUCCAGAUGCUCACCCUCUAUUGGGCAACUACUUUUUUCCCCAUCAUCCUCUCCAAACCUUUACCACAAUUCCUACUCAAACCUCGAUUUUCAGUUAUUCCUCUUCUUGAAGGAUUAUUCUCACCGUCCACAUUUCUCAUCCUCACUGUCAUACCUCACCCCUCCUUGUUGUCUCCUCUCUGAUUUCCUAUGUAUAUCUCCUAUACAUUCUCGUCACUCCUCCAAAGCUCUCUCUUCAUUGCCCUUCUCUCCAGCUUCUUCUUCAUUUUCCCUUUUUAAUCUUCCCUACCUCACUCACCUCCUCCUACCCUUCUCCUAGCACCCCGAGAAAUGCAUUAUUCCCUCCAUUUUACUUACCAGGGAGUCGACUCAGGAUCUGAAAUCAGACACCAAUGGACUGGUUUGUGGGCAGAAACAUACUCAAACACAAAUACACACACACACACACACACACACACAAUACCUAAGUCACACAAGGACAUGCUCAAGGGACAACACAAUAUUAGAGACUUUUGUCUUAAAGGAGGACACGUGUCUGCUACCCGCUUCCUCACCUAAGGGCCUAAUUGAUCUAAUUUAAUUUGUUCUCUUUUUUCUUCCUUCCUUCCUUCCUUCCUUCCUUCCUUCCUUCCUUCCUUCCUUCCUUCCUUCCUUCCUUCCUUCCUUCCUUCCUUCCUUCCUUCCUUCCUUCCUUCCUUCCUUCCUUCUUCCUUCUUUCUUUCUUUCUUUCUUUCUUUCUUUCUUUCUUUCUUUCUUUCUUUCUUUCUUUCUUUCUUUCUUUCUUUCUUUCUUUCUUUCUUUCUUUCUUUCUUUCUUUCUUUCUUUCUUUCUUUCUUUCUUUCUUUCUUUCUUUCUUUCUUUCUUUCUUCUUUCUUCUUCUUCUUCUUCUUCUUCUUCUUCUUCUUCUUCUUCUUCUUCUUCUUCUUCUUCUUCUUCUUCUUCUUCUUCUUCUUCCUUCCUUCCUUCCUUCCUUCCUUCCUCUCUCUAUUCACCUACUACCUUACCUUUCCACCCAACUACCUACCUAGACAUUUCUUUGGCUUACUUCAGAAUCUUGUUUUCCUGUCUUCUUUUCUUUUCUUUUUAAGAACAAAUGUGAAGUAUAAAUAGGAAGUUUCUUAACAGGAAAUUGCCACUUGGCUGGGAGGCUGGAGCAGACUAAGAAAGUAACAUGUUGCAUACAGGAGAGGCAAUCUCACCCAUUUUGAUAAGUAUUUAUAAGAAAGAAUUAAAAAAAAGUCCAAGUAAUAUUUCCUUUUGUAAAAGCAAAAGCCACAUCAUCCCUUUUCUGGGUCUUUCAGGUUUGGCUUUCUGUUGGUUUUGUUUGACUUUUCUAUCUUUGUUCUUUGCCAGUCUGUCUGUCCCUCUUGGUUGUUUUGUUUGCUGUUGCUGUUGUGCACCUAGGCUAAGGCCACUGGCCCCUGCUGAGGGAGCAGGUCCAUGACCAGGCUGGGUGCCUGUACAUGGACAUCUCCAACCCUGCAACUUUGUACAGAGAAACACAAUCAGCUUUUUCUGCAUGUGCUGGUCAAAUCCAACCCCAGAGAACAGAAGCUAUUUCUAAGAAUGAACAAACAUGUGAAAUAGGAUGUUUUGUGUAGAUAAAGCAUUCUUGUUACAUACUGGUCAAUUUGUGAUAUGUUUUAUCUUAUUGUCUGUGCUUAUUUAUUGAAUUUGAUUUUCUUAAUAAAUGUUUGAGCUAA